GCAACCAUUAGCCACCGAUAUGGACACAACACCUUGCCAGUGUCAUCAAUGAAACUGAUACUUGAAAACAAUCAAGGAGACACAAUUGUACUGAUAGCGGUUGGGCAGGUGGCAGACGACUUAGACGUUUGUGUGAAAGGGGAUGUCCUGGUUCUCCUCAAGUUUGUGGUAGAAAAAAGCCCUGGUCACUGCAAGCAGUUGUAUCAGAUAAUUGCUGACGACACCGAGGCUGGCUGCUUAGUUUGGACUGCUGCACAAUCUCGAACUUAUUCAUACAGGCCAUUGGAGGAGCUAAAAGUGAACACAACUGUGGAUGUUUAUGGAGUGGUCACAUCUUACAAGCCGCCAGCUAAAACUAAGGGUUCAGACUUUGUCUGUACUGUAGGCUUGACUGACUCCAGCCUUGGCCCAGAUAACUGGCUGGUGUGCAAUAUUUUCAGUCCCAGCGAAGCUCAACUGCCAAAAGUAGAAGUGGGAAAUGUUCUUAGGCUCCAUCGGCUAAAGAUUCAAAACUUCCAAGGCAAAAAACAGGGGCGCAGUGGCCCAGGAUUUCAUUGGCUCCUCUUCCAUGGGUCCUUUGAGAACAGAGAAGCCUCAUCAUCAUCAUACACAGUUGAGCAGCAGGAUGAAAUCAUGGUGAAGAGCUUGUUUGAGUGGUGGCUGGAGCAUGCUGGUCUCGAUUCUGUGAGGACAUACAAAGACUUGUCAGAGGUUCAGCCACACAUGUAUUUCAAUCUGAUAUGCCAGGUUAUUCGCGUGGCUGACUAUCAGGUUCCGGCCUAUGACUGUAAGGUUCUUCGAGUGUGGGAUGGAAGCAAAUUUCAGGGUGAUGUGAAGAUGACAGCCAGAGAAGAAUUAAAAGACCCAGUUCAAGAAGACAGCACACUGAUGGAAGCGUCCGCUGGUCUGGCUGUGGAUGUGUAUCUGUUUGGCGAGCAUAAACUCAGGGCUGACAAGAUUCAGCCAGGCAGCUUCAUCGAGCUGAUCAACUUGCACGCUGCAGUGGUCACUGGUAGAGUGGAGAUGACUUUACACGAAGGCACAAGGUACGAGAGAGGAGUUAACGAUCUGUCUAGAAGCUCACCUCAAGUGAGACACCUCAGCGAACUCCUGACCUCCAUUGUUGACAAAGUGAACACUGAUCGUGCCAACGCUCUAAAACGGCAGCAUAUUGCGGUGGAUAGUUUAGCCAUUAACAGUUUGAUUGAAAUAGAGAAACAGAGCCAUGUGUUGGAGCAGCAUCAGGAGGCAUCUGAAGACAAGAGAAGGAAAUCUUCUGAUGGCGAAGAUCUGCUGGAGAUUUCCAGCAACAGUGAUCAGUCUUUGCAAUUCUCUGAUGCUGACUUGCAGGCCAAGAGAGAUCUGGCUAGUCAACCUGUUCUCAGCCGGGUACAAGAUAACAGCAUUUCAUCUUCAGACCAUAGUUUGCCGUCCUCACAACCACAUUCCAAUGAGAUCAUUAGUGACUCCAUCUCUCAACAAGUUUCAGACAAGCUGAUCAAUACUCCGGAGCGGUCUUCACAACCACAUUACAUCGAGAUCGUUGGUGACACAUUCUGUCAACAAGUUUCCAACAAGUUGAUCAAUACUCCGGAGCAGUCAUCACAGGACAGCUUCCACACAGCAUCUAGUCAACCAGAAGUUGACACAGCAGACAUAGCUAUCAGCAAUUUUUCUUUACCUGAACCAGUAGCUGCACAGAGGAUCUUCCUGUCUCUGAAGACUAAACCAGACACACAAGAGAACAUUAAUGAUCACCAUCAACAGUCCUCAGAACUUCAGCCGGACACACAGGAGAACCCAAAUGAUGGUCACAGGCUGUUGACCCUUAGCAACAGUGAUGUUCUCUCCUUGUCCUCCAGCGUGUACUGCUUCGAGACUGCUCAGUUCACACAGACUUGCACAGCAGUGAAUACACAGGGACCAGAUGUUGUUGCAGAAACUGAAGCCAGCAGGGAGACAACACAGCCACCCAGAUGUAUGCUGACAACUGCAUCAACUGUGGUUGGUCAUCACACAGCGGUCCCAGAAUGUUCCCUGAGAACUGUGCUUGAGGGUAGUGUGUGUCAGAAACACAAGGUGCUAGUUCGGGUCCAGGCCAUGGCACCAAACCCUGUCAUCCUUGGCAAGUUGGUGAACUUUACCUGUUGUCACUGUGGAUAUAUUGAAUCAGCUGAAUCAAUGAAAGUCCAGUUGGGCACAGACUUACCAGUGCAUGUGUGUUCUGUAGAUGUGGCUCAAUGCCAGCAGUUGGAGCCAGUCAUUGUUCUGUCAUUCAUUCUCACUGAUGGCCAGGAUUCUGUGACAGCUUAUGUGUGGGGCAAACAUGCGAUUCAGUUCCUCUGUGAUAUUGAACCAUUAGAACUGUUGUCAGACCCAGAGUUGUUCAAGCAUGUCCAAGAACGACUAGAGACUCUUUGUCCCCUUGGCUCCAGACUAGAAGACCGGCCAUGGCUGGAAUGCUGUUUGUUCAGCUAUGGGACUGUGUCAGUGUUAAAUAUCAGAUAUUUGAUACAGUACUUGUGUAACAUUUGUUUCUCUCCAAACACACCUCUCUAUUAA